UCAUCUAAAGCAGUGGUGUUGUCUUUAAUAUUAAUUUUAAUCAUAAAAUGUAUCUUUAUUAACAUUGAAAAACACUAAAAUGUUGUCGUCUUCGAAUGUAUUAACGUUUUUGUUGAUAUCGAUCAAUGUUUUACAAGUUAUACCAAUCCAGUUGCAGCAAGGAGAAGAGCUGAAGGAAAACGUCGUUGAAGAUUCAUCUUUGAAUGAAUGUAUUAGUAUUCAGAGGAAUACGGAAAUAGGAUUCUGUUUUGGAAAGGAAUUAUUGAAUAAUCUUAAUCAGUUUAACGAACAAGACUCUUUCAGUUUGGCUACAGGUGUGUCGUUUGUAAGAGAUGAAAAGACUCCAAGGGAUUUCGCAAGCUUCUUGGACAAGGACCCAAUGGAUUUCCGCACCAUGAUGGAGGAUGCAAGCAACUUGAUCUCUAAGAGGUCACUGCACUGGGAUCUGAGUGCGUUGUACCCUGGGCUAGUGAUGAAAGUUGGACCAACCUUGGCGAACGGUGUUUUGGAAUUUGUUAUGGACCCAAAAGUCAAAGACAGGGCAUAUCAUCAUCAAGGUCAUGGAGAAGUUUCUACUGGACGACUUUUGGCACGAAAUUUAUUAGUGCCUUUCUUGCUUGGCUUCAAGUUCCAACUAUCAACCUUAUUGCCCUUAAUAUUAGGGGUAUUAUUGAUUGCUAGCAAAAAGGCGUUUCUUUUGGCAAAGUUGGCAUUAUUAGCUGUAACCGUAUUCGGAGGAGGGUCCAGUUUUGGGGGAUCUUACGGUGGUGGAUCUUAUGGAGGGUUUCCUGGACCAUCGAUUUCUGCAUAUACUUCUGCCGAAAAUGCUCAUUACCACGAUAUCCAUUCGGGAGGAGGGGGAGGCUACUAUAACAGAAGACCUCACCACGCCGAGUACUAUUAUAGGGAGAAGUCCAACCAGGAGCAGACCACGGCCACUCCUAUAACUCCCGAUGAGCUAAGAGAUAGACUAGAAAGACUGUUUGUUACUAAAAAAGAGUUAGAGGAACCUAGAGACGAAGUAAAAGUCAGAAACGCUAGAAAUUUCGCUUGGACUCCAAUCAAUACUGGUUGAUAAGAAAACAAUAUUUUUAUAGCAAUUUGUAAUUCAUUUAUUUACCGUCUUUGUCAUAAAAAAGUUAAAAUUUAAUCAAUUGAAUACUUUUUGAGAAUACUGGCCAUAUGUCAACGCAUAAAUAAUUCCUAACUCACCUCGUACGAUAUCCACGAGGGUAUUUGGGUGGUCCUUAUGUGUGUGUAUUUGUGCAUAAUCUAUUUAGAAAUCAAAGUUAUAAUUGACAAAACGAAACAAAAUAUUUUAUUGGUUUUAACUUUUUUAUGAAUAGGAGAAUGUAAAAUUUUAAAAGACAUUGAUUAACUUUUACAUUUUGAUCUUUUUCUUGUGUUAUUCAUUAUAUUUUUUAUACAAUUUUAAUACUAGUCAAUCUCGUUAGUAUAGCCUAUACUUAUUUCCAUAAUUUUCACACUUUGCCUCAGCCUAUUAUAAUGGACAAUGUGUUUUCUUUAAAAUAACAAAUAAAUUCAUUUCUCUUAUGGUCUACAAUUUUCAUUGAUUACUUGAACUAAUAUUCAAUUCUUCUUCUUCGUCGAGUCGACCGCUCUAAUCGCAACUUGCAACGUGAUUGGUAACUAGUGCUAGCUUAAAUUAUUUUGGAAUAAAAUUCUGCCACGGCCAGAUACUAACAUUUAAUUAAUAGAUACGAUACUUGUAUACAAUACUAGCUUUUGCCCCCGAGGGCGAAACCGAUUUCGCCGCAUAUAAUUUCCCACGAGCGCAGUUAUUUUUUGAUGAAA